AUCGUUCGAAGCUUGAUUCAGAAAGGGGCUAAAAUCUCUGCUCGUAAUUUAAAGGGACAGACGGCGUUACACCUGGCGAGCUUAGCAGGACAUCUUGAAUCAGUAGAGAUCCUCCUCAACGAAGGAGCUGUCAUAGAAAUGGCCGACAACGAGGGCAAAACUGCAAUUCACUAUGCUGCCAAAAGCCGCAACGCACGGACUGUCGUAUCUAUCCUUGGAGCGUACCAAGGAGUUGUUCCCAAU